AUGAAAAAUGAAUAAUGAUUAAUUGAAUAAAACUCUAGCAAAUGAAGUAAUUAGAAAUAGACGAAGGAAACGUUUGAGAGACGAAGACUGGCCGACACGACACAGCUUCAUCCUCUACUAUAAGCAAUUCAUGUUUUUUCUCCAAUCCUAUUUCUAUUCUAUCCAAAAUAAUAAGAGCAAUAAUAAUUGUGUUUUGCAAUUUGUUUUCGUCACAAUCCCUCUUCGUCCUCACGGAAUUAGUUGCGAUUGUUCCUGAAUGAUUAGUAUACUCCGAAGAAGAACAUAAAGAUCGAAGCUUUGAUUUGGUUAAACUAAUGGAGGGGCCCCAUAAACUCGAUUCUGAGGUUGAGGCCGAGGCUUUGGCUUCUAGGGUUUCGGAUUUCUCGCUUCAGGAAGACACCCUCCACCCCACUUUCCAAUCUCCGCCGUAUGAUGGAGGAGUUGAAAAUCAUAGAGAGCAGAAGCAUAAUGAUGACCAAAUAAUGACAGAAUCUAGAGAAUGUGACUCUGAGUUACAUGAGAAGGAAAAUGGGGAGCAAAGAAAAUACUUUUAUUAUGAUGCUCCACUUUCUGAGGAAACUGGGGUUUGGAUACCUGUUUCCGUUCCGCCUAUGUGGGAAACUGAGCAUGAAGAGUGGGCCAAAGGUCUCUAUUCAAAUGGGGGAUACUUUCCUGACGGUGACAUGGGUUGGGGCCAGUAUAUUGGGGAAGAGAAGGAGCUGACUAUGUGGGAUGUGAUGGUAGAAAUGCUGCUUGCAGCCCGUGGGAAAGUAAGUUCAAUUGCUUCAGCUGAUAUGUAUGGAUGCAAACUUUCAUGGAUAUCGGAUAAUCUCCUUGACCAGGCUUGGAAAGAAAUGGCCCAAACACUCACAGAUGCAAACUUUGCUAAUGUAAGAGAACUUAUCGAAGCAGAGCCACCAAAAUGGUUGGCUGACAGUUCUGCAUCUGCUUGUAUGCUCUGUGGCGUGCAUUUUCAUCCCAUCAUGUGUUCUAGGCAUCAUUGUCGGUUUUGUGGAGGAAUAUUUUGUGGUGACUGCUCUAAGGGAAGGAGUUUGAUGCCGGCAAAGUUCCGUGUUGCGGAUCCCCAACGAGUCUGUGAUGUAUGCUGUGUACGACUUGACUCGGUACAGCCGUACUUAAUGGACCAAGUAAGCCAUGCAGCCCAGAUGCCAACCCAGGAUCUUACAGACCUUAGUACUUUGCGUUCAUGGGUUAAUAUUCCUUGGGGACAAUCCAUGGAGUAUGAGAUAUAUAAGGCGGCAAAUGCAAUUCGUGUUUAUAAGAAGGUAUGCUCCCUAAAACCUGAGAAGUCAAUUCCGGAUGCCAUUCUAAGACAAGCAAAGGGCCUUGCAAUAAUCACUGCUGUGAAAGUUGGAGUUAUGGUUACCUACAAUAUAGGUACUGGAGUCGUGAUUGCUCGUAGAGAAGAUGGCUCUUGGUCUCCACCAUCUGCUGUUUCUACAUUUGGUAUAGGUUGGGGAGCACAGGCUGGAGGGGAGUUGACGGACUUUAUCCUUAUUUUGAGAACAACUGAGGCUGUAAAAACAUUCAGUGGUAAUGUGCAUCUAUCUGUAGGAGCUGGCUUGAGUGCUGCAGUUGGCGUUGUUGGAAGGGGAGUUGAAGCUGAUGUUCGAGCCGGUGAUGGUGGUUACGCUGCUUGUUAUACAUACAGCUGUAGUAAAGGUGCAUUUGUUGGAUGUUCACUUGAAGGUAGUAUUGUAACCACCCGCACAAAGGUGAAUUCUCGAUUUUAUGGCAGCCAGUCAAUAACUGCAUCAGAUGUACUUCUUGGCUCGUUGCCCAGACCACCUGCCGCUGCUACCCUCUAUCGUGCCCUCGCAGAUCUAUAUCAGAAGAUUGAGGGGUGACAAAGUUGAGCACAUCCCUGGAUUACUUGGUAAAAGUUACCUAUGAUCAGGGGGAAAUGAAUCUUUGAAGUUUGUAUGUUCUGUGCAUAUGCUUUGAAGCUUUCAGUUGCUGCCAUUCUUUGCCCAUGAAACACUUCCUGGGACAUAGCAUGUACAUGGAGACCACCGCAGUGUAUAUAUACUCAUGCCGUCUCGAUUUCUAUUUGUAAAUGACACAUUUGUUCUGGACAAAAGCCAAAACUCAUUGAAAAGUAUUCCUUAACAAAGGAAAUCAGAAAAGUAAAUAUGGUACUUUGUUAGAA